CAGGGAGUUUCAUUCUGUCUCCCUUAAGAGGAGGCUGGGACAGAAGGAGCCUUACAGGUGUGAGCGGAGGCAGGAGCUGCUCCUGGGACCACAGCAUGUUGCAAUGGAGUCUUCUGGUAGUCUCUUUUCUCCUUUCUCCAGUUCCAGCAAACACAGCAAAAGAAUUCCCUAAGGCCAAGAAAUAUGAAGUGGUUUAUCCGAUAAGACUUCACCCACUGCGUAAAAGAGAGGCCAAAGAGCCAGAGGAAAAGGAAGCAUUUGAAACUGAACUGAAGUACCAAAUGACAGUUAAUGGGAAGGUGGCGGUACUGUACUUGAAGAAGAACAAAAAGCUCCUAGCACCGGGCUACUCGGAAACAUAUUAUAAUUCCAGUGGAAAGGAGGUCACCACAAGCCCACAAAUCAUGGAUAGCUGUUACUACCAAGGACACAUCAUAAAUGAGAAAGCUUCCCAAGCCAGCAUCAGCACAUGUCAAGGUCUAAGGGGUUACUUCAGUCAAGGAGAUCAAAGGUAUUUUAUUGAACCUUUGAGCUCUGUGAGCCUGGAUGAGCACGCCCAUGCAGUCUUCAAGGAUGACCCCAACGAAGACCAGGCUAACCGUAGCUGUGGUGUGGAUGAUGUGUUAUGGCAACAAAGGCUGCAUCAGAGUGUGGUUCUACCUGACAUCAGACUGAUUAAGUUGAAUGAUGGGACAGUUCAAGAACCCAAGAAAUACAUAGAAUAUUAUUUGGUCCUGGAUAAUGGUGAGUUUAAGAAGUAUAAUAAAAAUCUUGCUGAAAUAAGAAAAAGAGUGUUUGAGAUGGCCAAUUACGUCAACAUGCUUUACAAAAAGCUUGAUGCCCAUGUGGCCUUAGUUGGAAUAGAAAUCUGGACCGAUGAAGAUAAAAUAAAGAUAACCCCAGACGCCAACACCACCCUAAAUAACUUCUCUAAGUGGAGAGGGAGUGACCUGUUAAAAAGGAAGCAUCAUGAUAUUGCCCAGUUGAUCUCUUCAACAGGCUUUUCUGGAUCAACGGUGGGCCUAGCUUUCAUGUCUUCAAUGUGUUCUCCUUAUCAUUCUGUUGGCAUCAUUCAGGACCACAGUAGCUACCAUCUUCGAGUUGCAGGGACAAUGGCUCAUGAAAUGGGCCACAACCUCGGCAUGAUUCAUGACUACGUGAGUUGCAAGUGCCCAUCUGAAGUCUGUGUAAUGGAGCAGUCACUAAGGUUCCAUAUGCCCACAGCCUUCAGCUCCUGCAGCCGCAUCAACUAUGGAAAGUUUCUUGAAGGCAAAUUAUCCCAUUGCCUCUAUAAUAUUCCUUUGCCUUCAGAUAUCAUAUCCACCCCAGUUUGUGGGAACCAGUUAGUAGAAGUGAAUGAGGAAUGUGACUGUGGCACCCCUGAGGACUGUACUAACAAAUGCUGUGAUGCCAAGACCUGUAAAAUCAAAGCAGGUUUCCAGUGUGCUCUGGGAGAAUGCUGUGAGAAAUGCCAACUUCAAAAGGCUGGGGUUGUGUGCAGAACAGCAAAAGAUGAGUGUGAUCUGCCUGAAAUGUGUGAUGGUAAAUCCAGCCACUGCCCAGUUGACAGAUUUAGAGUCAAUGGUUUCCCUUGCCAAAGUGGGCGUGGAUAUUGCUUGAAGGGCAAAUGUCCCACCCUACAGAAGCAGUGCAUCGAGAUGUGGGGUCCAGGAACCAAGGUUGCAGAUAAGUCAUGUUACCAGCAUAAUGAAGGUGGGUCAAAGUAUGGAUACUGUCACAUAGAGAAUGGCACACACAUGCCCUGCAAAGUGAAAGAUGCCAUGUGUGGGAAGUUGUUCUGUGAAGGUGGGUCAGGUAAUCUGCCAUGGAAAGGACUUACAGUAUCUUUUCUGACAUGUAAAUUAUUUGAUCCUGAAGACACCAGUCAAGGAAUAGAUAUGGUGGCCAAUGGAACCAAGUGUGGAAAUAAUAAGGUGUGCAUUAAUGCAGAGUGUGUGGACACGGAGAAGGCAUACAAGUCAACCAACUGCUCCUCAAAGUGCAGGGGGCAUGCAGUAUGUGACCAUGAGCUGCAGUGUCAGUGCAAAGAAGGAUGGGCCCCUCCUGACUGUGAGGAUUCUGCCACAGUCUUCCAUUUCUCCAUUGUGGUUGGUGUGUUAUUCCCCCUGGCUGUCAUAUUUGUGGUGAUUGCUAUAGUGAUCCGGCACCAAAGUGCCAGGAAGAAGCAGAAGAGAGUUCAGAGGCCAUUGUCUGCCACGGAUGCCAUGCUACACAAGCAGAAGUGUAAAUCCCCAAAGGUGAAGGCGGUUCAACCCCAGGAGAUGAGUCAGAUGAAGAAGCUCCAUAUGUCUGAUCUGCCCACUGAAGAGAAUGACCCUCUACCUAAUGUCCUAACCACAAAGCCAAAUUUCCCACCACCACCAAUUCCUGUUUCCUUGGACUCAAAUGCAAAAGUCUGAAGCAACAGCUAAACCAGGGUUGAUGAUCACAUGAUCAGAUUGGAAGCCUGGAUGUUUUCGAUGGAAAGAAAAAAGAUAUGCUCAUUCCUUAUUUUUAUUGCUCUUGAAAAUCAGAG